AUGAGGCUAGCAGAAGAGAUCCUGAUUUCUGUCAAAGAGCAGGAAGCCAUCAGGAAGCUCAUGGUUUUCUUGCAUGAAUGGGAUAGUGCCCACAAAGUUGCUCAAAGCUGCAUCCUGGAUAGCUUCAUUAAAAGCAAGGCAGAACCAGAGCGGAGCUGGAGUUCUCCCUGGAGUUUGUUCCUGGCUCACCUAACAGCAUGGCUCAGGAUGGCAUAUGUGUUUCCUCAGACAGCUGGAGGUGCCGUGUGCCACAGAUACCUUACUGAAUUUCUGGAGAUCGGAAGUGUCUCGAUUCCCCUGGAAAUAUCAGGGCUGAACCACCUGAAAGAAGAGGACAAAAAGGAGUCUGUAAAGCUGCUGCCGCUCACCACAGACGCUGGGGUACAAGACCUCGCCAAGUUCUUGGCCUCUUCCAACAAAGCAGAGGGUCAAGAAGACACGCAGGUUCUGCUGGACUCUUCAGGCUGUGACAAUCCCAAGUACCAGAACCAGGUCUACCCGGUAGCUGUGCGGCUCUGUACCUCUCCACAGGCCCAGCACGGGCUCUGCCGAUGCUCAGGGUCGUGCAGGAUACGGUGGGAGAGGUGCCCUGUGCCCUCAAGGAGCCCGUGCUGGGCGUGCUGCGCUCUGUGCACCUGGAGUAGGAAAGCAGGAUCUGUGUACCCACCCUGGGCACUCUGGGGCAGGCCGUGGCUGGCCUGGGCAAGUGUGGCGGGGGUGAAGGGCGAGCUCAGGAGCUCCCGACCACAUAUCCCCAAAUCCCCGUCCCGCCGGACUGCGCCGCCUCAUUAGUAUUCGUUCAUUUGCAUACCCAGGGUGCACCGCGCCCGGUACCGCAGCCCCGGUAAAACCUUUCGGUGCCGCCGCUCUCCGGGGCCGCUGGUCCCGGAGCGGGGCCGGGCCAGUCCCUGCCGGGUGAACGGACCGGGGAAGCGGAGGGUGGAACUGGGGGGGUCGAGGGGUCGCCAUGACCUAUAGAGAGACGGUUGAGACUACGUAUGUGCAGGGGGGGAAUUGACGGCAUACUCUGGUUUCUCUUCAGAUCGUAUAAAUCUUUCGCCUUUUACUAAAGAUUUCCGUGGAGAGGAACAAGUACGAGUGUCGAAUAAUUUUUUGAGGCUCCAUUUCGGUGGAGCUA